AUUUUCGCACCAGCAGACCAGUACAUUGUUCCCGCUUCUCGUCAAGCAUGCCUGCAAGCGAACUAUCCUCCACCGGUAAAGGAGAAUUACGAUUUGUUGGCUACGCUGUACGGUAUUUAAGGCCUAAUGUAUCAGCAUCAUGGAAGUACACACUGAACCAGGAACCGAAUAUUGACCAGUAUGGGCAGCGACCAAUACCGGCGAAUAUUUAUAGCCGAUACAGGGAUACAUUCCCCCAGUACAGUCGUAACCUAGCAACCGAAGCAUGGCGCACAUAGUCUUGAACUCGCCGCGCCUGUACCAAUUGGAACAACGCCAACGCAAAGAAUUCCGUCCAUUUUGUGUUUUAAUAAAUGCUUUUUUUAUUUCUUGUUAUUUUAUUCUCAGUAUUAAAAGAUUUAGGAAUGACUUUCGAAUUGAUUUAACGAGUAGCCCGGUGCUACUUUUUGUGUUAAUGCAAUAAACUGGAUUGUGUUACCAUA